UUAAUGAGAAGUAAAUAUCUUUCUGGUGGACUGGUGCAAUAACCUCUAUUAUCUUGUUCUGACUCAAACAGCUCCAGCAGCCCUCGGGUGACCUUUGGUACGAGACACAGAACAGGGUUUGGGUUGAGCAAAGCUCAACGCCGAGGCAACAGGAAAUAAAAACCAGCAACUCCAACACUUUUUUAAAAAAAAAAAUCCGAUCUGAGGCCCAGAAUACAUGACUCAAGAGUGUGCAAUGAUUUAUUAAGUGUAUCCUCCAUGUAUUUCUGUAAGACUUUUAAAAAAUGUUGUCGUUUCUCACCUCCUUUUUGCCGACUUCUUACCUCCUACCAGGAUGGCUGAUACUGGACACAAACCCUCUGAUUGGUUUACUUCAAGGACUAGUGGGGGCAUGUGGGAUUUCUGUGCUGUGCUCCCUCUUCAGAGUACAUCUAUUGAUAGAGGACAGCUGGAAAGAAAAAAAUAAUGAAGGCACAUCAAGUGGGAGGUCAAGCAGUAAGCCAAUGAGAGCUAAACAUGGACUUUUUGGAAUGCUCCAGUUUCUCUUUGUGACUGGGAUACUGGCCAUUGUGGGGUCCCGCGUGGCGUCACUGGUGGUACUGGAAUUCUGCCUGCGAGCUGUCUCUGGCCUGCUUACAGCUGGAUCGGAAACCAGGAAGUUUCUGCAGCAGCUGCUAGUGCAAAGCCAGUUUUCCUUGGGCUGUGCCAUCAGCUGCAGUUUGCACUUUCUCCACGAGGGGGCAUCCCAGCGCUGGCUGUGCCUUCUCCUGGCAGCAGCUCUCAGUUGGUAUCUGGCAAAAAAGGCAGCAGCCCUACUGCAUCAUGUCAUUGCUCUGUAUAAGCUGCACAGCUCCCAGCGCUACUGCGGCAUUUGCAUCAGCCUGCUCACAUCAGGCUGCUAUCUGCAGCCCAUGCUUUGCAGGACUAUGAUCAUUGCCUUUUUUGUGGCCGUGCUGGCAGCCGUAUCUAUCAUCAACCAACAGUUUCUCUCUGCAACCGAGGCCUUGAGGUUCUGGACACCGCUGACUAUCUGCUACACAUUGUUGGUGGUGUACAUGCAGGAAGAACAGCACCGUCUGCCGAGCAGCCAGGCUGUCCUCAAUGCAGUUGUCGUGCGUCUCGGGGGUUUGAUGGUCCUGAUGCUGACUGUGGGAUGCUGGGCCGAUGUGUUCCACAUCCUAAUAUGCUUCCUUGGUGAGGCCAGCUGUCUCAUCCCAAACAUGGAUCUGCUGGAUGCAGCAUCCUCGCAGGACGAAGAGGAUUUUAUAAACUAUGCAAGAAGAGAUCGUCGACAAACAUCACAAACACACGCGAAGCAGCAUCCGAGAUAGCAUGGACUAUUCUGAAGAGGUCAUAAUUUGUAAACAUCAGAUUUUUGCAAUGUUUACUUAGACCUCUACUGUUAUUGUACUGCAAUUUGUCAUAAAAUUCCUCCCAUGUUAUUUAAUGCAGUUGCUCCGCAGAAGUGACAAUAGAUCACUACUACCUACUACACUUACAAUUUUUAUGAAUGAAGUCAGAAAUUUGACAUAAUAAUACCUGAAAAUAUGGUUAAUUGGAAAAAAAAACUCAGUUCUGGGAAUAUGGGUGACCUUUUUUUUUUGCUUAAAUAUUAGUCUGAAUUGUAUUUUGGCUUGUAUAAAAAAUAUAAACCAGAUUUCUAUGUAAAAGCCAUUAUUGUCCGUUCUUUCCCUGUUAUUUUUCAUUAGUGGAAACAUUUGUAUUCAAAGGUAUCCAGUAAAACAAAGGAAAAGAAAACUUUUAAAACUGCACACUCCAAUAACACUUCCUAUGAGACUGAGAGCCUAUAAAACCCAUCGUGGACUCAUUUUUUAUGUCACCUUCGCUGUCAGGAUAACCUGCUCGUUUAGCCAGUAAGUUAACUGAAUAAAAAGAGGUAAACGGAAACCUCAGCUGGGCACAGACGUCGAUUGCCUUUUAAUUGAUCGUUUUAGACACCAGCUUAUCUAACUUGCUAUCUCUAUUACUGUCAUUUUUUGAUGUAUUUAACAACAGUUGUCAGCGUCGCUUGCUAACUGCGUUAUUUUGACGGUUACUUCACAUUAUUCUAUUGAAACGUAAGGGCAAAAUGGCUGACGAAACUAUUACUACUGUUAGUCUCACA